AUGUCCGCCCCUGUGGCCAAGCCCAAGCUGGCCAAGGCCUCUAAGAAGUCCACAGACCACCCCAAGUAUUUGGACAUGAUUGUGGCUGCCAUCCAGGCCAAGAAGAACCACACUGGCUCCUCAUGCCAGUUCAUCCAGAAGUACGUCAAGAGCCACUACCACAUGGGUGAGGACACUGACUCUCAGAUCAAGUUGUCCAUCAAGCACCUGAUGACCAUCAGGGUCCUCAAGCAAACCAAAGGGGUGCGUCCCUCCGGGUCCUUCCAGCUGGCCAAGAACGAUGAGCCCAAGAGGGCAGUGGCCUUCAAGAAGACCAAGAAGGAGGUCAAGAGGGUGGCCAGGCCGAAGAAGGCAGCCAAGCCCAAGAAGGCUGCCUCCAGAGCUCCAAGCAAGAGACCUAAAGCCAACCCAGUCAAAAAGACCAAGAAGAAGCAAGCUGCCACACCCAAGAAAGUAAAAAAACCCAAGGUUGUCAAGUCCAAGCCAGUCAAGGCAUCCAAGCCAGUCAAGGCAUCCAAGCCCAAGAAGGCCAAACCAGUGAAGCCCAAAGCCAAAUCCAGUGCCAAGAGGGCCAUCAAAAAGUGA